UGCAUUCAAUCCGUGAAAUACUUGUUGUCAUAAAGUCUGCGAAUAAUUUUCUUACUCUCAAGUGAUUCAACGCUUCCUUUCGAUAAACAGUGAGAAUAUUGUGCUAUAAAGUGAAUGUUAGGACUCUUUUGUGCUCUCAAUGAUUAUAUAUAUUUAUAUAGAAAUUAAUUAAUUGUUAUUAUUAUUAUUGAAAUACUUUACAAACGGGAAGAGAGAAAGAGAGUGCGAGGACUGGGAGUUUGGAAAAAGGAAGUCAUACUUAUUAUAUAUGAAUUGUAUUAUUAUUAGUCUAUGAAACAAAUUUCUGACACAAAAAAAUGUUUGCGUUAAAUGUAACGUCAGUCUCAGUCUUACAUAAGUGUUUCAUUUGAAUAUCAGUGAAAGUGUAAUGGGAUUUGAAAGCCCGUCAUUACUACGAGUGAUACAGUAUUUGUCUGUGAAAUAAGUUUCUUCAUUCAUAUUAAAGAAUCGUGUUUUUGAACUCAUUUUACACAUACAGUGAAUAAUAUACUUCUCAAACACUUCUCAAUCACUGGUAUCUCUCAUAGGAGUAGUGAAUAUCAAUUUCUCAACUAAUCAUCGCAUCAUUUAUAUCAUGUUUUAAUGUUUGUCACAAUUUGGUUGUGAAUACAGAUAACUGUCGUGUUGUAUGUGUUUAUAUACAAGAAACAAAUUAACUUAAAAUAAUGACAACCGUUACGCAAAAUAUCGGAAACAGUCGCCCAAUCAAAGUGGUUGUUGUCGGCGACGGAACGGUAGGGAAGACCUGUUUAUUGAUAAGCUAUACGACCGGAAAGUUUCCGAGCGGUGAAUACAUACCAACAGUUUUCGAGAAUUAUGCGGAGAGUAUGACCUGCGAUGGGGUCGACGUUAACCUCACGCUAUGGGAUACGGCCGGACAGGAAGACUACGAGCGACUCCGACCCCUCUCUUAUCCCGGGGCGGACGUAUUUCUGUUGUGUUAUAGCAUUGAUAACAUACAUUCGUACGAGAAUAUGAUCGCCAAAUGGCAGCCAGAGAUCCGACACCACUGUCCGAAGACGCCGUACAUUCUGGUCGGCACUAAAACAGAUCUCAGAUAUUCAGAGAGACUCAACAAAAGUGUGACAAAUGAUCUGAACGGAGAGGAGAAGACCAAUGGCCUCAACGGUAAGCCAUUCAUCACGAGAGCGAUGGGCAAAAAGAUGGCCAAAAAGAUCAACGCAAACAAAUAUAUCGAGUGCUCGGCUAUGACUUUGUCCGGAGUUAACGAUGUUUUCAAAGAAGCGAAUCCGUACAAAACAUACGCUAAUCCGUGGCUUAGAUCUAAUCAUCAGUCGAAGAGAUGUCUGCAUUCAACGCCAGAAGCGUCACCUCUGGAACCGUUGGCCGCCAUCACUAAUCCAACCAAUACUACCUCUACUUCUAGUAAUAUUGUGGACGACGUCCCGGAGUUUCCCGGCUCUCGGUCUAAAUGGACACAAACUUUGCAAUACAUUCUUCCGGAACAGUUCGACGGCAUUCCAGUCUAUCGGGUAUUGAACCGCAACGGUGUGGUCAUCAACGCCAAAGAGGACCCCAAUCUCAGCCAAGAGAUGGUCACUAAAAUAUAUAAAGGGAUGACAAUCUUGAACUCUAUGGACAGAGUGUUAUACGAGAGCCAAAGACAGGGACGGAUCUCCUUCUAUAUGACAAACUAUGGCGAAGAGGGCACUCAUUUCGGUUCCGCCGCCGCCAUCAACGACGACGAUCUGGUCUUUGGCCAGUAUAGGGAAGCAGGUGUGUUAAUGUGGAGAGGAUUCAAAUUAGAGAAAUUUAUGGCUCAAUGUUAUGGUAAUGUCGACGAUCUGGAAAAAGGCCGCCAAAUGCCCGUCCAUUACGGCAGUCGUGAACACCAUUUCGUGUCGAUAUCGUCUCCGUUGGCCACUCAGAUGCCUCAGGCCGUGGGCGCAGCCUUUGCGCUGAAACGCGAGGCCAAAGGCCGGUGUGUUAUUUGUUACUUCGGCGAAGGGGCCGCCUCUGAGGGCGACGCUCAGGCGGCCCUUAACUUUGCGGCCACUCUCUCGGCGCCCAUCAUAUUUUUCUGCCGUAAUAACGGUUACGCCAUAUCGACGCCAACGCACGAGCAAUACCGGGGCGAUGGCAUCGCGGCGAGAGGGCCGGCGUUUGGGAUCCCAUCGAUACGAGUGGACGGCAACGACGUGUUGGCCGUCUAUAACGCCACUCGAGAGGGCCGUAGAAUAUGCGCCGAAGAGUCGCGACCCGUCCUCAUUGAGGCCAUGACUUACCGAAUCGGACACCACUCGACAUCAGACGACUCGUCAGCCUAUCGAUCGGUGGAUGAGGUGAAAGUGUGGCACCAAAGAGAUCACCCGAUCUCUCGGACCCGCAAAUACAUGGAAUCCAAGGACUGGUGGAACGAAGACAUGGAGAAGGAGUGGAAAGAAGAGGCCAAACGACAGGUGAUGUCUGCCUUCACGAGCGCCGAGAAACAGCUGAAACCCAAUUGGCUGGAGAUGUUUACCGACGUUUACGACCAAAUGCCCGACAACUUAUCGGAACAGGUGUUGGAGUUGAGGAAGCAUUUAGAUGUCUAUAAAGAUCACUAUCCUAUCAAUAACUUUAAGCAAUAG